AUGCACGUUUGCAUCGCAGGCGAUCAGAAAACGAGCGCUUGGGCCGUUCGGAAUACCUGCGUCGGCGGCCGUAUCCAAAAACUUGAGUCUAAUGACGGCUGACGGCAGACUGAUUAUUGUUUUUUUGCAGAUAACGACAUCAUUGCCUUUAACGACUCCACGCUGUCCUGGGAGUCUAUCGAGAACAAGCCGGUGCCAUGUCUCCACAGCAUCUCCUUCUCAGUCAACCGCGGACAAUUUGUCACCAUUGUCGGACGCGUCGGAACCGGAAAGACAUCGAUGACAUCUACCUACUUCGACAGUGCCGUGGAUGCUCAAGUCGGAAUCCAGCUGCUCAGUUCUGUGACUGGAUCCGAAGGAAUGCUCCACAACAAGACCCGCAUCCUGGUGACGAAUGAGCUGUCGUUAUUGCAAAAGGCGGAUCUGAUCAUGGUGAUGAAGGAUGGACGGAUUGAGUUUGAGGGAAAGUACGAAGAGCUAAUGCAUCAAGAUGCUUUCGAGCAAUUGCUGAUCGAGUGCGAGCAAGUGGACCAGAAGCGACGUGAAAGUCGGCUUUUCAACUGACGAUGACGAUGACACCUCGGAGCCAGGAGGCAUCAUGAUUGAAGGAGAUUCGGACUUUGAGUACGGUGAUGAUGUGAUGGCGUCGCCGAUCACUGACCUCGUGCUCGGAACCAGUCACAUGUCCACCGUCUCGGGAAUCAUCAACCGCCGCCGCAUCAACACGUCCACCCAGAAGCAUCGCCACCGUCUCUCCACCAAUAAAUCCACCGCCCCAUCGAUUGUGUCGGUUUACACGACGUCUCGCCAAGUCACAGGAACCGAGCGUGUCGAGACUGGACGCGUCAAGAUGGAUGCCUACCAGAAGUACUUUGGAGCCAUUAGAAUGUCUAUCGCUGUCAUUUUUGUGUUUGGAAUGACCACGAGUACGGUUGUGUCGAUGGGAAGGAACUUGUGGCUGACGGAUUGGUCAAACGACAAUGCUGCCCGCGCUGGAACCAACGCCACUGGAAACAGUAUUGGAGUCCGUCUGGGAGUGCACGCUGGCCUCGGAUUCUCUCAAAGUGAGUCUUCCCGCUACGUGCGUCCUCAGAAAUUCAUUCUGUAUUUUCAGUUAUUUUUCUCUUCAUCGGAAUGCUGUUCCUGCACUACGGAGGAGUAUCGGCUUCAAGAAACCUGCACGCCCCGCUGAUGCGCAAUCUGUUCCGUGUUCCAAUGGCUUUUUCGGCACGAAACCGCUCGGACGGAUUUUGA